AUGCCCUCCAACCUCCUGGGGCUAGAAGAUGCCCAAAGUCACGGAUCUGGAUCAGGAUCGAGUAGACGCAGGUCGUCCUCUUCGUCCUCUUCUGGCUCUGGCUCUUCGUCUUUAUGGUCACCUCCCGAAACGCCCACUCCAAUUCACAAUGCCCCUCUUAACGGUAAAUCCAAACUCCAACCUGGUCGUUUACCCAGUCUAGCCAAGAAUCAAGGGAUAUUCGCAUUCUCUGUUCCGAUCGUUAAAAGGGAGAGACAAACUAAGAGGGUAGUAUCCGGAUCGUUAUUUAGGAACUAUAGGGUAUCUACGCUUGAUGAUUAUGAGGAUGAAGAUACCGAAUUGGACGAAGAUGAUUUGGAGAUAGGAACGGUCUUGAGUGAUGUCGAGAGUAAUCUGAACCCCCAAACAAAUUCAGAGAAUGGUGGGACAAAUGGAACAGUUGAAGCUGAGGGCGAUGAGGUGGAUAUGUUCUUGGUCAGUAAAGUACCUUCAUCACCUAUGACCAUGAGGUGGAGCGAUAGGAAAGGUAAAAAGAGAUCAAGAGAAUACGAAUACGACUACGACCAAAUUAUGCAGGAAGGAGAUGAGGAUCAAGAUGGGGAUGAUGAGAUGGAGACUGAGGGGUUGCUGAGUGUUAAGAAAAGAGGAAAAAGAGCUAUGAAGUAUUCUAGACAGAGUCCUACCUCUAUCUAUCCUAAGGAAAAGUCUUCUCCUCUCGGAAUGAAGUACUCGGCCGUAGGGAACAUCUGCGAUAAGAUGGGUGGACUUCACGCUUCAAGCACUGUCUUCGCUAUGAACGUCGAUGUUCCCCUUUACUCUACGUACCCUCUUCGAGAGAAAAAUCCCGAUAUCUUAGCUUAUGAUCUGGCAUCUGAAAAAGCCGGCGCUGGCGCUGGUCUUAGCCGUAGAUCGAGAGAUACGGAGAGAAGACUCGGCAGGAAACGAGGUCAUACUCAGACCAAGAAAUGCUUCCAACGGCUCACAGCGAGUGAAGAUCCCCUGGUCAAUCUACCCGCAUUUCAGAACUGGAAAUCUACUAAUCUCAAGACCAAAACUGGAAGAGUGGUAUCAUCCGCUUCAUCUUCGGCGAUGGACAUCUCAGAGGAAGAAGAGCAAGAUGAAGAAGAUCAAUUGCUGGUAGAUCAAGAGAUGAAGAGUCUUUCGGAUAUCGAACAUACCGCUGGCGGUAUCUCUUCCGACAUAGAUAUGAAAUCUGUUUCUUCGGGAUCAACCCUCAAAUCUUUUAAAAGGUUAUCACCUGGUAUGACCAAGAUUAGGAAAACCUAUGAAUCUAACAGUCCUCUUGCAAAAUCGCAACUAUCUCACAAUUCACUGAUUGUCACAAAAGAUAUUCAACGUCGAUCUCGAUUACGUGCAUUUGUCGAACGUCUCCCAGGUCAAGAUUCCACUUCGCACUUGCACAGAUCAUCACCUUCUUCUUUAUUACCUGCUAGAAGAUACAUGACUAGAUCUCACCGACCACAAAUUAUCACCCAUAAAUACAGAGCUAAACCUGGUAAAAUCGAAUUCGGCGCUUGUCUUCCAGGUCAAACUUUCAUAUCGAUCCUCCGAGCUAGGCUAUCUGCCCAAGUCACUCGAAGACUCAAAAUCGCCUCGUACAACGAUCAAACUCAGAAUGGCGCAUGGAGAAAGAUGGUUGGGAACUGGUGGGGACACAAGGAAAUAUCAGGAUUGACUGAUAAAUGGUGGUUGCCCGAGGAAGUAGAAGUUGAAGCUCUAUUACUUCCUGAGAUUCCCGCCGAAGAUGAGGUCAUGCUUUCUCCACCAUCGAAUACACGUACGUUCAACCACUCCAGAAAACGGAUCGCCGAAGAAGCUUCGGAUGAUCUGACGAUCGGUGAAGAAGUGGAGGAAAGAUGGGCCAGAAGGAAUCAGCUGAGAAGAGAGGAGUUGAAGCCUUAUGUCAUGCAGCAACGGGCAAGGGUAGAAGCUAGAAAAGCUGAACAGAGACGUGCUAGAGCGGAAGCGAUCAGGAGAAGAUUGGAAGAGAUCGCUGAGCAGAGGCGGACGGAGGAAAUCCAACGGAGGGAAACUAUCAGACUGGCAGAGGAGGAACGACGAAGGAGUGAAGAGGAACGAUCACGACAGGAACGUGAGAGGGAAGAACAAGCUAGACUUGAGUUGGAACGGGAGAAUGAGAUUGCUCGAAUUAGUCUCCAGCAAGAACGAGAGCAACAACGUGUCGUGGCGGAAGUUCCAUCAAGUCCAGCACGAAGUGAAACUUCUACUGUCCUAUCUGAUCCACCAGAAUACGAGUUCCCCACCUACCCUAUCGCCUUGUCUCGAUCUUCUCAUAUCAACGCCAACAGACCUGUGCCUAGAGUACGAAGACUGAUCUCUGCCCCGUCGGAUGUUCUACCAGAUUACUUACCUGACAGAUGGAAUAAUCGAUCGCCACCACCUCCACCCCCUUACAAUGCCAGAACAGACUGUCAGACUCUCAUCGCACCAAUCUUCAUCGAAGAUUCAGAUUCAGAUAACGAAGAUCGGGAUGAAGAGGAAAUAGGAAUGAUAUCUCCAAUGGUUCGAAAUGCAAGAGAAAAUUCACCAGAAUUACGAGUGAUUGGAUCCUUCCCUUCUAGACAGCUCUUCGCACCUACGCCUAUCCACGCCAUCGCUAGACAGGUCGAUCCUUUCAGAGCAUUUGCGAAUGCCCUGGACCUUGAGGAAGGUAUGGAAGAAGCCAAUGACGUAGAAGGUCAUUUGGAUGCUCAGACUCAAGAAAACAUGGACGAGGAUGAAGAGGAAGAUGUGGUGCCCGGUGGGACGGUCGGAAGUGUUUUCCAAAGAGUCUUCGGGAUGGUAUGGGGAAGUUCAGCCUCAAGGAGGUAG